UGCGAACAAUGACUAUUCUCAUUCACGAGAGUGAAUGUACUGUACCGUACACUUGACACUGACGCUACCACCUGUUCCUUAUUGAGGGAUCUCCGCAAGGCAGCAACUCGGAACAGCAAGCAAGAAGCAUUCGGCACAGCCCCACGCUCAUCAUGCAGCAUCGUGUUUCCACGUUUGGCGCAUUAACGCCAGCAGAAUCCUCGUCGUUCAAGCGUGGACACCACCUCGUCGACCAGUACGAGCUGGAGUACCUGACCUCGUUGACUCAUCGGACGUUCCAAGAUUGCGUGCAGACCGCGUUGGCCCUCCUCACGGACGACCCCACCAUCGCCAAACAUAUCACGCGACCGCAUGCCACGUUCCAUCACGAACGGAUUCGCCUGCGAACCACCGUGGACGCGUUCUCGUCGUCGUUUCUACGACGCGUCAACGUAGACGAGUCAUACGCGUCGCAAAUGGGGUUUUCCGGCUCGCAUCUACUGAUCGACCUCACCCAACACGACGCAGCAUUGACGACAACGUCACCAUCUUCUCCAUCAAGACAUCACGCGGGGUUCCGUUGGGCCGGUCUUCCGUCCUCUUUGGCCGUGAUCAGCGACCGCGACUUCUGUGGCCUCGAGCGCGCCGACUCGUUCGUUGAUGCUUCCGGUCGGCUUGGGUGGGCGUAUACACUCGUGUCAAUGGAGCAUGCGUGUUGCCCGUCGCUACCCAAUUACGUUCGCGGGUGGGCUCGGCUCACGCACUUGUGCGUGCCCUCCGUCGCCCAAGGAUGCAUCGACGUCUUGUCGUUCGUCCAUGCCGAUUUCAGAGGUAACACGCCACAGUUCGUGGCGCGGCAAGUUCUCAAGCAACUCGUCAAGGACGCGCAUGGCGCGAUGCAGGUCGUCUUGUCGGCUCUUCCCAGGAGGCGAAAGUCGUCGGCCAGCCAGCGUCAGCCAAGUCCCAUUGAUUUAUCCGAUACUUGUUUGGACACGAGUCGAACGUGGACUCUAGCUGCAAGUCCAUCGUCCAGCGACCACCAAGAUGGUGACGCCGACGGAGCUCCGUCUCCACCACAAAGAAACGACGCUGCGAAACCGUCGUCGCAGCCCACGAGCGUAUUUCGAGCGAUGGCCAACGCCCUGGUGGACCCAGAGUCGCCGUUGAUGGUCCUGCCCCCAUCACCCAAGAUGUUGCUGCCCACGACGUGCUCGACGUGCCGCGUGGCCGCGCCGUUCGCUAAGUGCCAUGUCUGCGACGCCGUGAGCUGCCACAUCUGCAGCGCGGCGUGGUGUGUCGUGCACAAGUACCAGGCCAACGUGAUUUUAUGCGACAGGUGCCACAACGGCCUCAUUCUCCACCAAGGCCAGUCCAGCCUUGGAAACACUAGUAGUAGGAAUCAUAGGCCCAGUGGAACCACACUCGUCGUAUAAUAACCAGGGACAUUUUAUAAUGUGGACAAUUUGGAUGGGUU